UCUCCGCUGCUGCAGCUGCGUCCGAACGUCAGAAAGGCAGAGGGACAUCGAUCGACGGCGCAUUCGUGAGCGGAGCCGGCUGUUGGCGCUCGGCAGGCAGCCGCCGAAUGCUCUCGAGGAGCGAGCAUGCGCAGGAGUGCAGAUGGAGGCUGCGAUGCACCCGCCUGCAUGUCCCCUGAGCGAAGCAAGGCUGGUCAACGGUGGUGCUCGGUGGCCCUUGACCGCCGCAGCGUCGCUCGAGUCACCGGAGAGUCACGGCGCUGCGGCCGUGGGGGCCGCGGCGUGCAUCGCGGCCGCGCGUGUACGCGCGGUGCCCCGCAGCUGCGCUCCCAACCAUCACGUCCGCAAGCAAAGCACACCUCAAGCAGUGUCGCAGAGACGCAGAGACGCAAGUCAUGGCCGUCACAUUCGAUGUCGUGCCGGCGACGCAGGCCGACCUCGCUGCUGGUGCACGCUUGAUGGCCGCGAGCUUUGCCGAGCCCAUGCUUCCCAUCUUCCACGACUCAACAUCAGAAUCCAUGAUGGCGUACCGGGCAUCACAGCUGCAGCGCUUCCUAGUCGCACAAGCACAAGGCACACAUCCACCCACGCGCUUCCUCGUCGCGCGCGACCGCGACGCGCACGCAGACGAGCCAUUGCUCGGCCUCGUGGUGUGGCAGGUGCUGCAUGAGCCGCAAGUCGAGGGCUCACAAGACUCAGAGAAGGGAGGUGUGCUGCCAAAGACAGCGCCGAUGCCGCACGACUCCGACGAGGAGGCGUUUGCGGCGCUCAAGCGCGAGGCGCAAGCUGCGCUCGAUCGCUGCACUCAAGGGCGGCCCGUGUGCUACGUGCCCUACCUCAUCGUCGCGCCCCACGCGCAACGGCGAGGCGUAGGCGCAGCACUCAUGGCGCGCGCGCUGGCGCAUGCCAAAGAGGGAGGCAGGUUGUGCUACCUCGACGCUGCGCCCACGCCCAGCGCAGAGCCGUUCUAUCGCAAGCUGGGCUUUGUGGCGCACGGCUGGUUCGGCAGCACGGUGCAGCUGCUGGCUAUGACGUGGGAAAUGUGACACGUUGCAGCAGCG